GUGCUUUUCACCACCUUCGACCCGAUAUCUUCGAUAAUAAUGAAAAAUCCCAAUUUCUUUACCCAGACGAAUUCUUAAGCGCUUUUUUAGAGGGCAUAAAAGUUUUUGGUUACUUGGAAAAACCUGUAUUUCAUGAACUUUCAAGACAUUUGCAAACAAAGAGGUUAUUAAGUGGCGAUACUUUGAUGCUAGAGAAAGAAAGGUCGUUCUACAUUGUAAUAGAUGGUCAUGUUCAGGUUUUUGUCAAAACUGCAAAUGAAGAAGACAUUGUGUUAGAUCCUUUUGAGGAUGAUGAUUAUAAUCGUGGUUAUCAGCUUUUAAAUGAAGUUACGAAUGGUGGAACAUUGUCAAGUUUGUUUACUAUUCUUUCUUUAUUUACUGAUGACAUUGAACUUCGUUACAAUGAUAAAGUGGUAGAUCAUUCAAUUGAUGGAGUUCAUGCAGGAAAACAGGAAAAUGAGUCUGUUCAAGAUAAGCAGUCUCAUGGGAUUUCUCAUUCAGAUGAAUCAAAUAAUGUUACUUCUGAAGAACAAGCUCUUCCCGGAACAUCAAUGCAUCCUGAUAAUACUUUCUCACGUUCAAAUAAAUCUACAAAGCCACAAAUUUUAAGACGCCUUUCAAAAGAUGGUCCAACUAUUACUUCUGUUCACCCGAAUAUCAUAGCCAGGGCAACUGUUGAUACUACCUUGGCUGUUAUUCCAGCGGAAGCGUUUCAUAGAUUAACGGAAAAAUUUCCAAAUUCUGUUGCUCAUAUCGUUCAAGUAAUCCUAACGCGCUUUCAACGUGUUACUUUUUGGACUGGAUAUAAAUAUUUGGGCUUAACAAAAGAUAUUUUGAGAACUGAAAAAUUAAUGAAUGACAUCACUACUUAUGGCCUUCCUAGCGAUUUUUUUAGACCAGGAAGUAUGGAACGGCUUCGUUUGAAAUAUGUUGGCAGUGGCAAAAAAUACAAAGAUAUGGACAUGAGUGAUAAUGAAUUAAUUAAUAAAAGUAAAAAAACUAGACAAUCUACUCGCCUUAGACAAAAUGUUGUAUAUGAAAGUGAAGUUGAAUCUGGUGCUGAUCCUAUAGUAACAAAAUCUAAAGACACUAAUAGAUCUUAUGCUAAUAGCAAAUACUUGACAACUCCAACGAGUGCUCGUGUUCAACCUAUCAGCGGUGCUCCUGUGAAUGGCCGUGAUUAUGAUGCCGAAGAUGACAUGCAUCUUCGAGAAUCCGUUUUAGAAGGUAUUUCAAAAGGAAUUGGUCUGUUACAACCUAACCGCAAAGAUAAAAACUCUUCAUUAGAACAUGGGCCUCGUCCUAAUUCAACGGAGUCAAAUUUACAUUCAUUUCAUUUUUUGAACCAACACUCUGCGACUGCAUUGCUGGAUAUUCCUGAUGAUGAAUCAGUUGCAGAAACUAUAUCAUCUUUUACUAGUGAACUAGAUAAUGAUGUUGAUAUAUUAUUUUAUCCCAAAGGAUCAGUUCUUGUUGCUGAAGGAGAACGAAACGUUGGACUAUUUUUUGUUAUCGAUGGACUUUUAGAUGUUUCUGUUACUUCUAAUGAUAAGAAUUUCCUUGGAAGCUCUUUUCAAUCUUUCACUUCUGAAAUCCCGGCUCAAAAUACUUCCAUGAAAUCUAUGUAUAAAAAAAAGGAAACAGUCACAAAUAAUUCAUCAAAUAAGUCUAAAGACAAGAGUCUAUUUAUGAUUAAACCCGGUGGCCUUGCCGGAUAUCUUGCAGCUUUAACAGGAUUUCCAUCCUUUGUUAGCAUUCGUGCUAGUACCGAUACUUACGUAGGAUAUUUAUCAAAGAGUUCGUUGAAUCGCCUUAUGGAACGGAGUCCAAACGUACUUUUGACUUUAGCUAAGCGAUUAAUAAGGCUGUUAUCACCACUAGUCCUUCAAAUUGAUUUUGCUCUUGAUUGGGUUCAAGUCAAUGCCGGACAAGUUUUAUAUUCUGAAGGGGAUCAAAGCGAUUCAAUAUACAUUGUUUUAAAUGGUCGUGUACGUGCCAUAAAUGAAAGAAAAAAUCGGGUUAUUGACAUUGUAGGAGAAUAUGGCCAGGGUCAAAGUGUUGGAGAACUCGAAGUUAUGACCCCCCGUCCACACACGUUGCAUGCUAUUCGUGACACUGAACUUGCUCGAAUGCCUAGGACUUUAUUCAAUGCGCUUGCUAUUCGUCAUCCUGAAAUUACUUUACAGAUUUCUCGUAUUAUUGCGUCAAGGACACGGUUGCAACAAGAUCGGGAUUACAAUCAUAAAAACACUGGUGCAGAACUUGGUAAAAACAAUACUAAUCUUAAAACUGUCUGUAUAUUGCCUGUGAAUGAAAGCGUUCCCGUAACCGAGUUUGCAGAGAAAUUGAAAUACGCUUUAGAAAGAUCUGGUGAAACAGCUACUCUAUUAAAUCAGGCUUCUGUAGUACCAGUAAUGGGCAAGCAUGUAUUUACGCAAAUGGGAAGGUUGAAGCUUAUUAGUUGGCUUGCUGAACAAGAAGAAAAAUCGCGAAUUGUAUUAUACUUGGCCGAUGGAGGGCUUAAUUCUUCGUGGACUCAAACUUGUAUUCGUCAGGCCGAUUGUAUUCUUCUGGUUGGUUUAGGAGAUGAAGAAGCAACUAUAGGCGAAUAUGAGAGUCUCCUGAUUGGCACAAAGACUACAGCCCGUAAAGAACUCGUAUUGUUGCAUGCUGGAAGACAUUGCAUAGCACAUGUAGGUGUUAUUAAAGCUCUGGAAGAAGCUGGCGUUCCGAUUGAUAUGGUUGGAGGUACUAGCAUUGGUUCCUUUAUUGGUGGACUUUAUGCACGUGAAUCAGACAAUGUGGCGAUCCUUGGACGAGCUAAAGCAUUUUCAUCACGAAUGUCAAAGAUACCCACAAUGGCAGAUAUUCAAUCAAGAUUAGCAUAUGUUUCAAGUGUUAAAACAUUAGAAGAAGCGAAAUUAAUACCCGGAUGUCUUUAUAUGCAAUUACCAGUACAACAAUAUGGCACAUUAGAAUUUAAUAAAUUUGAUGAAAUAUUUGGAGUAGGAUACAAAGCAGGAAAAGAAAUAUUGAAAAAAUGGAAAGAAGAAGGGAAGUUACGGGAUUUAUUAGGUAAAGGACAAGAGGAACAGAGAGGCUAUAGAAUAA